AGAGAGCUUCCCCCAACAAGCAUUUAGGACAAGGUUAUCUCCAUCUGUCAGGACUGCAGUUACGUGGUCAUGCGAUGUUUUCCGCUGAAGACCGACCAAUUGACGUCGAGACGUUAGAGUAUGCUUGGUUACUUGAGUUGCAGCUUGGUACGUUGUCAGGGAAGGUCACACUACCUCAGGUAUUGCACAUUCAACAACCUAUCUAGUUCCCAAGGCUACCAGUCAGUAAGCCAGGAUAAUGAUCAGUACACUGCUGAGGUUCCUGGCCUAUGGAUCGAAUUUAUGAGAGAUGAGCAAACAAAAAACCCCCGAAAUUUUAUACAGUAUGUACUUUUGUACACAACUACAUUAGAACAACUCAAUAUUCGAUUAAUUCAAUGUAAACAUCGGUCAGAUGAGGAAAACAACGAUAUCCAUUUUAUUUAAUCUCCCAUCUUCUUUGCCUGUUUUGCAUGAUUUCAAUCACGCUUGUUGUAGCUAUUAUUAUUAUAAGCAUUUAUUUCAACACGAUUAAAUUCGCAGCAUAGCUGAUGUGGUCGUGCAUUUACAUAGUUAUGUGCCUAACCCACCCUGUCAACUUUCCCUGUGGGAGGAAACACGGAGUACCCGGAGAAAACCCACGACUUUCGGCAGAGCGUUGACUUACUCUUUUCACAUUAGGACUGGGUUCCAGUCACAAUGAGAAGUCCUCAUUGAGAUUCGAACCUGCGGCCUUAGAGGUGAAAGGCAAGUGCGCUAACCACUUCGCCACCGAAACCACUUCGCCACCGCCACAAGAACAGAGUUAAUGAGAAGUUGGCAAUCACGCGACCUUGGGUAGCUGUUCUUAAUGCUUUCCUAACCAUCUUGUAUUCUAUUUAAGUUAAAAUACAGUUAGAACACUUAUCAAACCUCUAUUUUUUAAUCUAGAGCCGUAAAUAUCCCCCGUAACAAUGCUGUAACAACCCUCAUCCUCGUGUAACCGGGGCUUAACAUUUAUUUGCGGACUUAGUUUUGUUACUACAUGACCUGUAUUAAUAAUCCUUAUCACAGUCUUGAACGGUCUGUACUAGUGUACAUACUUAGGUAGUGCCAAUAAUAAUAAGAAAGCUUCAGGUGUCCCUUCGAUCCGAAGCAAUCCUUAUCACAUGCUCUUUCAAGGAAAACUAAGUUCUUAAUUUUUACAUGGCGUAUACAUAGAAUGGAGCAUGAGUUUUGUUUACUUUGCUUUUGGCAUUACGUAGAUGCGAGGCAGUCAAUUACCUUAAACGUUUAGAAGUACAGUGAAUUACCUUCAUCUGGUUUACAAGUACAAAUUAAUUAAAAUUAUACUUCAACAGAACAUUUCAUUAUUUAUAUGCAAUAAACAGAGCCAUACACGAAUGUUUGGAAAUAUGGAAUAAUUUCGUAUUUUUGCACAUCCACGUAUUAUUCCCUAUUAAAACAAAACAUUUCGUUAUUUUUAGUUACUGACGGUAUCUAAUUGGGCUGAACUGUUUGCCUUCCAUUUAUUGGACGAAGAGAAUGGAAUGAAAGAUCCUUCUCCUCACAAGAUCUGUCAGCAUGGUGUAUUACAGUCAAAAUGCGAUAAACGACCGAAGAUAAAUGAAGAUCUCGAUACUGGUGAAGAUAUUACCUCCUUGUGUCAAACUGAAGACGAUUUUAAAUACAAAAUAAUUCGAAUAUCUGUGGAAGAAAUUGACGUCUCUCUUAUUGAAGCGAGUUGCUGUUGUAAUGUCAAGGUAAACUCAACAAAAUGUAUUCUAUAUUGACACGAAUUCUUCUUGUACAUAUCAAUGAUAUCCUUCAUGUACUUAUGGAUCAAUCUACAUUCAAAUAUAUCCUCAGUAGCCGUUAUUAAAUAUUACGCGAGACGCUAGCACUAUACGGCUCUUACUACGUCUAUCACGAUUUCUCUGGAUCUCGCUAGUACUUUGUCUCUAUACGUCUCAAUUUCACUAAUAUUAUUACUUUGUAUAUGCAAGAUUUACAGUAACUGCAGUGUUUUGCGAAGUUGUCGAUUUAAAAUUACUUGUUUUACCGCUCUUUUAUUUGAUAACAGUGUAUUAUAUGCAAAGAAGCGUUGAUAUAUAAUGUAGCUGGCGUUAGAAAAAUUCCAAGCUUGCUGUCAUUUUCUCAGUUGUUCUCUCUUUUUCAGUAGCACCCAAAGCCUGCUAUCCAUGCAAGAGCUUAAGCAUCCUCUAGUAUUAAGCCUUUGCAGGGAUAUAUUUGGAAGCCUUAAGUUACAUCAAACUAAAAUUACGGCGGAAGUUAAUCCAAGCCUGAGAGAGUAUACAAAUCCAACCGGGCAUCGAACCUUGGUUGGCUUGUUUAAUGGGUUAAUAUGUAUAGAAUAUCAAUGCACCAAUCAUGUGUGUUCACGGUAAAUCAGGUCCAAGAAUUGAAAAUAUCUCUUUGAUUCACCUCGUAUUCUUGCAAUGUCAGGCCAUGGAUUUUAACUGUUAAUUUAAGUUUGCAAAUUAUUUUGUAGAUUUCUCCAAUCCGCGUUGCUUCAUGUAAUCUUCAUACAGACAGCACAAAAACGGGUGUCAGUGUGUUUGUUCACAAGAUUGACAUAAGUCAGUAUGUGUUGUUAUUGGCUGGUAAUAAACUCAAGAAUCAAGUAGGACAAGAAGAAGCAGGUUGGCUUGAAGCAGCUUCUCUACACGCUGGUCCUAUUAUUUCAGAUAUAUGUCUUGAAGAAGAUAAUAAUCUCGAUCCCACUGACCAGAAAGAGUUCUUGGAAAAACAUGACAAGAAAACUCAACGUCUUUGGUUUCUAUGGCAACAUGAUAAAGCACGUGGCACGUCGUUGCUCAGUGAAAAAGAUGGUCGAUGUGGAUGUGUUGGUGGGUGUAGUUUCUUCGGCAAGAAUGUAAAUGGUCCUGUCUUCUUUAAGCUUGAUUAUCUUGAUGCUGGACAAGAAGAAAAGGAAGGACGGUUGUUUGGCAGUCCUGAUGGGUGGCAGAAUAUUGAGCUGGAUGGGGAUGAUGAUGCUUUCAUGGAGAAUCAGUCUAGUCCAAAGACAAUUCAACGACAUAACAGCUGGGCAGGACGGAGUCAGCCUCCAAAGUUUCGUAGCAUUAGUUCUCAGCGGUCUGCUAGGACAUUUAGAUCCCGAGGUGAUGCGUCUCGAUCUAAUAUUUCAACAUAUGCCACAUUCCCAAUCAAAGCUAAAGAGAAAGGUACGAUCUUCAUGUUCAAACCAACUUGUUGUUCUUGAGGAUUCUGUUUAUGCACUUCUCAUGUUAAUAUUUCUUCAAAUGUAUCAGUAUGAUAAAUGCCUGUUUGUGUCUUUAGCCAUUGAAACUGUUGUCAACUAUCUUUGUUUGGUUGGUCUUAAUAUGGGACUCCUGUCCAGUUGACCACACCUUCAACCUUACGAUAUUUGUCUCCAUUUGUGUUGAAUUAUUAAAGUUUAUCAAUGUGUAUUUGUUUAGAUAAAAGGUUGUAAAGUUAAUAGAAUUAAAUAAUGUUUUAUAUGAUAUAAUUAUUACUAAUGAUUAUAUUUAUUAUUUAAACAUAAAUCAUUCUGUUUUAGUGCUGAGUGGUACAAGUGCAUGGAGCGUUCCUGAUAAUUUUCAGAAGGCCGCCAUCAGUAUUGGAAAUGAACGAAGGGGAAGUCCACGCAGAACUAGUGUUGAAGAGUCACAAUUUGAUCGUCAAAGAUUACCAAGUGAUGCAUCAUUUUAUUCUUGUACUAGUGGUUUGUAAGUAUUUACGUUUUAUCUACUCAUUGAAGACUGCAUAAAAUAUAGAGUAUAUUAUUAUUAUAGAAUGGAAGGCGUCAAGUUAGGUUUCGAAGUUAUUUCCAGUUUCUGUAGGGGUUGUUUCUUGUUUUCGUUAGGUUUUACAUUAACUUAAGAGGUUAACUACUUUUGGAACUAUUUGGAGUUUAAUGUAUAUAUGCAAGUUGUGGGUUUGAUGACUAAUUAAAUGCAUGAUUACUUCUCAGGGUAAUGGCUAAAAGGGAUGGACGAGAGGGAGAUUUUCAAGAUUUUAAACUCAGAGUUUACGCGCUUUAGUUUACGGUUAAUAUUAAAAUUUGGUUGGGGGUUAGGAUAAGGUUUACAGUAAGGUCUAGGAUUGUUAUAAGUGCAUGGUUGUUGAUUUUUUCGCGUUCUAACGAUCUUGAAGAGUAACCGCCAUCUCCCUCUCAUCCAUCCCCUUUCUCAACAACUCUCUUCUCAGGCGUAUUUGAGAAACGUGCUUCUAUAAGCUAAUCAAACCAUGCCAAUUUUCUCUGGUCACUCCAGUUUUUCCCUGUAGUAGCAUUGGACCAAUAAUGUUUGGAUCGUUAGGAGAGCAGAUUAGACCCUCGAUUUCUUACGCCCGUAUUCUAAAGCUCACUCACACUCAAUGAGUCGAGGUUCAAACUAAGCUUCUCUUGUGUGUCAAUGCUGUUUUUGAAUAGCUGAAGGGUUAGUGUCCUACCUUACUAUACGACCACUCAGAAUACGGGCGUUAGUUUCCCAUGUGUACAAUGUAGAAAGUUUCUGGUUCUAAUUUUUUAAAAUAUUUUUUCUUCAUAUUCUGCAGGGACAGUUCCCUUCCAUCGAGACCGGCAUCUAUUGUGUCAUUGGAUAGUUUUACCUCUGCUGUUGAGUCGAGCGACCAACCGUUAUUUGAAAUGCAAUGCGAAGAUUUUCAAAAACAAUUUAUCCUUCUACCUUCCGUAUUGUUGUCAAAAUACAGAAGUCAUCUUGCUCAGAUGCACUGCGAACAUUGGUUAGAAAAUGAAUAUUUAACUGCACAAGCCACCAGGAAAUUUAAUUUAGUGCAAAAUCUCAAAGUAUGUACUAUAUAUGUAAUUGACUUAUGCCAUCAUUUAAUAAUCCAGUAUUUUAUACAGCUAAUUCAAAAAAGGUUGUCCUUUGCAAACUCUAAACCUUAAACCUUAAACUCUAAGCGUGCAAAGCAUAAUGGGAGCAUCAUUAGUCAGUUUAGAAAUCGUAUAUGGGGCCCAUUUCUAAGAGACACGAUAAAUAUCUCCUUAGGAGAACAAUUCAUUCACAAAUAGCGGCAGUACUCGACUACUUAGCUUGAAACUUGUGCUCCCACUAAGCUUUGCACGCUUAGAGUUUAAGGUUUAGAGUUUAAGGUUUAGAGUUUAAGGUUUGCAAAGGACAACCUUUUUUGAAAUGGCUGUAUAUAGUUAAAAUUAUUUUGCGUUUGUAAAUUAUUAUCUUAAUAUUAUUGAUUAGGCUUAUAAUGCGCUUUUUAAAAUAAAUCAGUCAGAUGAGAUUUAUAACGAUUUAAAACGCUUUCAGUACAAUAUUCAAAAUACAAUACGUUGCAAUGAUAAAAUACGCGAGGGUCCAAAUUCGCGAGGGGAGUCCAAAUCCGCUAGCGAAUAAAGACCCCCAUACAGUAGGUCCAUAUUCGCUUGCGGAUUUGGACCGGGGGUCCACCCGGACCAUUUUGAGGGGGGUCACCUGUACUGUAUUGCAUAUCUAUAGCUUUUUAGCAACACAAUAUUUUGUAAAUUGGAAAUAAUCAUUCCAAUACUUUGCUUUGAUCAUAAUUAUGUUUCUUGUUUCAGGCCAUUGAUCAAAUACCAAGAACAAGUCCCAAACGACUUGAGUUCACGCCGUGCUAUACCGGCCGUUAUCACACACUCCUUUCCAGGAAAAUUACCGAAGAUUCUGAUGUGUCCAUGCCAAGUGUAUUUGCCGAAGACAUUGAACGCAGACCUGGGUUGAAGAGAGAUGUUUCGCUUUCUGAAAACGAUUCAGAUAAAACGUAUGUACUCUCUUAUUCGCAAGUGUGAUGUUUCCUUAUACUAGUGGCAGUGUGACAGCGAAGGUAGCAAUGGCAACUGGCUAUGUUAUUCUAAUGAAUAGUUUAAAUGAUUAACAAUUUGCGUAGAACGACGAGUCUUUAUGCUACCUUCGCCCCUACAGUGUGCCGCGCGUUCUAAGAAUCUGUAUAGUGCUCCCUGACGUAUAUUGAGGUGAUCUAUACAUAAAAAUGGGCUUGAUUUUCGGGGGAAAGGAAGAAGACCUUAAUCAAAGCAAUAAGUAGAAAAUAUCAAUUUCUCAGUUAAAUGUGUUUUGGAAUACGAAAUUAACAACGUACAGAGCAAAAAACCAAGAACCACACAUUAUGGAUCUUCGCUUUCCUACAUAAGCCGCCCGACUUAAUUAAGCUCCAUUUCUUUGAUUUGAAUUACUAAUAUUUUAAAUAUCCCAUUUAAACAUUUAGCUAUACCAGUUUUGUUUUGAACCUGAAAGAACUAAAAAAAUGGACGUUUCGAACGAAGCGUUAGAAGUGAUGAAGGACCGAAUGUCCAAAUGUUUUAUUCUUUUUCAUGUAAUUCCAACGAAAACUUUUAUAUUUUAUCGUAGAAUACUUCUUACAUUGUCCCCUCUCCCCGACGUUGGAGAUUCCAUUUCAACUUUGACUGUAGUUCCUGAAUUAUUAAUAGUCUUUUUAAUAUUCGUAAGAAAUUGUUCACACGCUCUUUCUAAUUUCAUAUUACUUUAGACCUGGGAAAAUGGGUUCCUUAAAGAAACGUCGUUGGAAAACAGAAAUUAAUAAUGAGUCGUCACAAUCUAUGUCUUCGUCUAAACAUCCCGCUGAAAGUCUAACGUCGAAUAAAGAAUGUGUUCAACUGAACCGUGGCACAUCAAUUGUCAGAAUUGAGGGAUUUGUCAACAUCAUGUUGUCUCCACUACUGCUAGAAGCCCUUGACAGGUGAGCGAUUGACACAAUGGACGACUUGCGCUUUAGACUAAAUUUUAAUCUAAGUAAGAACAACGAAAUCUAUCACCACAGCUAGAAAGAGCGUCUUGGAAUUAAUAAUAUUACAAAGUUUGGUUGCGAAAUGUUGUAAAAUACGGAAAAUAUAGCCCUUCAAAAUUGGCAAAUUUGUAUACUUUUGUAUUACGUGCGUGAAUUGGUAACUAAAUUAGUUACCAAUUUCCGCACGUAAUAGAAAUGUAUACAAAUUUGCCAACUUCGCAGGGCUAUAUUUUCCGUAUUUUACAGCAUUUCGCAUCCAAACUUUGCAGUUUUUCUAAUUUUGAUAACUUCUUUCCGAAAAUAUCCUUUGUUAUUCCCAGAUUAAAAAAUUUUCUAAAGCGCAAGUUGUCCAUUACUUACAGCACAAUUACUUACGCAUACGUAUUUUUAAUCAAUAGAUUGUUUCCCUCAUUGUCAAUCAUCUUAUGCCCAGUACGUCAUAAUCCAUGCAACAGUAUAAUUGUUAAAUAGAAGGACACCCUGUAAAGUGAUUUAACCUUAUAAUAUUUUCGAGCCAAGGAAGAGAUAUCACGAUUGACACAUCUGGAUGAUGCGAAAAUCAUAUUUUUAGGGAACAGAUUUUUCUUUCACGCUCUAGCAAAGAUCGCACUUUCUCAGAGGGUAUCGUUUAACAGCUGGUUAACUUAAUCCCAGGUUAAUGAAAAACUUCAAAGCUAUCUUCCCAACAGCUUGUUCAAGAAAUGAAAAUAUUUUUUUCCAGGAAUGGUUUCUGGAUCAAUAGAAAUUUUAUUUUCUAAGUUGCAAAAUAUACAGUGCAAUAAAUUUGAAAAAAUACCCAAACCAAAUCAGCAGGUUAAAUUUUAGCCACUAAUCCAACUUUGAACAACCGGCUCCAGAGUGGUUCUGGGCAACCGAGUUGAACUGCGGAACUCAGGUUUGAUUUCUUCUUUUCUUUGCUAUUGUUUACUCCAGGUAUUCGAGAUCCGCAGCGGAGCAGAUCAACUCUCUUCAUCCUUGCACAAUUCUUGAUAAGAUACACGUGAAAAGUCUGGAUGUAGCUCAGAAGAAAUACAAAAUGGAUCUUCCAGACAAGUCUUUGAAGAAGACAGAAAGUCGACAAAAUAUCUUUAUUUCAGUUCCUGGUGUUAAUGUUUGUUUCUUGCAGGCUUUAACAAGUGAACGACGUGUCUCAACCAUCUCGCUUACAACAGCCAGUAGUGAAAGUGAGCUGUCAGACACUAUGCAUGCUAACUAUCAUCCAAACCCUAGUCUUUCAUUGCUAGCUGUAAGGCUGAAUGGAUUUUCAGGGCAAAUUAUCGUACAUAACCAGCGGAAAGCAUCGCUUGCCAAAUACAUGCACGAGAAAAUGGAAGAUGCAAGGGAAGAACACGUGACUUCCAAUGAGAGUGUACCACAGUCUCCCACAGUUGAUACGAAAAAAUGUGAUACUGAAAACGUGGGCAAUAAAUUAGCGGGAAAUUUUAACUUGGAGCAAAUUCAACUACAAUUUAGUCGUCUGUGUAAUAAAAGUGACGUUGAAAACAGCCAUACGACUGCAAUACCUCCAAAAUGUAGUAAGGUUGAUUUUAUUUACUCGAGUAGGAAUAUUAUUCAGUUUUCUAAGGCUCUUAAUGUGAAAAACUUAAGGAAGGAAGAAAUAGUCAUCUUUGUUAUGUUAGAAUCUGGAAUGGAUAAUAUUUCACUGAAAGUUGGAAAUUGUGCAAAAUUGAAAACAGGAGAAAAAUUAAAACGUCAAGCUCCAUCAACGAAGAAGAGUGGUCAUAACCGUAGCCAAAGUGCUCCAGCGCAACUGCUGUCUAAGAUUACUCAAUGUGAUGUUACUGACGCCCCACGUCCUUCAUUUCAACAUACAUUACAUGAAAAUUAUAGUGAACAAAUGCUAGAAAGUAUUGUUGUUGAAAAACAACCAGGUAUUCCUAUGUCUCCGCUACAACCAGGUAUUCCUAAAGACGAUUCAGCCAGUUCAAUUACAUCAUCAUUAAGUGCGCGAAGUGACAGUACUGGGAACUUGACUGAUAAUGAAAGUGAAGGAGAAGAUGAGACUGAUGCACAACCUUUGCUCGCACGUCGUUCUCAAGAGACUGGCAGAGUUGGAAAACCUUUAACACCGUCAAUUGCAACUAAAGAAGACUCCCCAAAGCCGGCAUAUUUACUCCAUCAUCAAAAUGAUGUCGUAGCAAAUUUCAAGUGUAUCUGGUUUAACUGUGCUUCACCCUCCUCAGUCAAACCUGUUCCUGAGAAUUAUCAUCUUCAUAAUAACCUGUUAACAACAGGAAUACCUGCUGUGUCAAGUUGGAUGCCUGGCGCAGAGAAACUCCGUGCAACCCUGGCACGACUUCAGAAUGAUCAUCGUAGACGAUUUUAUUCCGUUACAUCGUGUAUCAUGGCGUUGGGUCUUCCAGAGAAAAAUAAAAUGUUGGGCACGGUAUGUUGAUUUAUAGAUUUUAUGUGUAUUUUAUUAAUUAAGAACAUUUUGGACCAGUUAGUUUGUGUGUAAAAUAUAUAGUCCAGCCUUCAAGUUUAGACACUGGAUGUAUUAUAUGGAUUGAUGGAUUGUGUAAAACAAGGUUGGGAAACUUGGGAAACGACAACGUCAAUGAAAACGUGUUCCUGUUAUAACAUUAGUGAAGUUUAGAUUUUGACUUCCACUACAGCUACCGUUACCACUAACCAAUAAGGUGCAUUUUUCUACCUGCAAAUGAAAUGUGUGUGGUAGUGGAAAUCAAAUCUGAAUUUUGCUCUGAAACAAGGGCGUUAUAAACUGUAUUCCCUUGAGCGUUCCAGUUGGCCGUUCUUGUUUAUAGUACUAUAGUUCACAGUAUUUACAUUAUUUCUACAUCUCAUAACACUUUUAACGUUUGAAGUCUUGUGGGGUGUUUUAUGUCAAUUCACUGAGUAGUGCUACUUAAGUGUUGUUGAAAAGAAAGAUAAGAGGCAAAUAAAGUUCAGUAGUGUAUGUUUUUUCUCGAAUACAAAAAUGUAAAUAAUUUUGUAUUAUGUCGUUGGCGUUCUAACUCCCUAUUUACAGAGCCUAAGCAAGCGACGUCACGUGAGUUAGUACUGUACCUAGUUUUCGGUAAAUGCUCAUGAAUAUAAAGAUUUAGUCGGAGAACGAUUUAUUAAAUACCUAAUUUUGACGAUAUUUUUAUUUAAAGCGUUCCUGUAGGGAAGUUCCUUCAAAACCUUGCGUUUUGCCGCGAUAUGAGGCCUUAUAAGUCUAUUAGUUCGUCUUAAAAGACGAUCUAAUAGACUAACACAUAAUAUAAUAAUAAUAAUAAUACACAGAAUUUCUAUAGCGCCAAAUCUACAGUUCUCUAAGGCGCUUUACAUUCAUACCACAUUAAAAAUAUGGACAAAACCUAAUUUACUAGUAAAAAAGUUUAAAAAGUUUAAAAAUGUGACCUAGACCUAAUUUACUUAUAAGAAAGUUCAAAAAAGUGCGUUUUUAAACGUCUUUUAAAAAUGCUAAAACUUGUCUCAAGUCUCAAGCUGUCUGGUAAAUUGUUCCAUAGUGUUGGGCCAGAUCUUCCAAAACAUCGUCCACCUUGGGUAACCUUCUUAAACCUAGGAAUAACCAAAAGGUUUUUGCCAUCUGCUCUAGUGCCUUUGUUUUCACGCUUUUUUAACAGUUCAGAUAAGUACUCUGGUGCAGUUCCUUGGAGACAUUUAAACACAAAUAACAGAAUUUUGUACUCUAUUCUCUUUUUCACUGGUAACCAGUGGAGUCUUUCCAAUAUCGGUGUAAUAUGGUCGUACUUUCUUGUUCCUGUGAUUAAUCGUGCAGCCAGCUUUUGCACACUAUAUAACCUGUCCAAGUCACAAUUUGGUAACCCAUAUAGGAUAGCAUUACAAUAGUCAAGCCUUGAUGUAAUCAUACUGUGUACCAUUAUUUUUGCUGCAUCUUCAGUAAUACAUUUUCUAAUCUUACGCAUAUUGCGGAGCUUGAAAAAACAACUUCGCAACAUUACGAACAUGACUCUUUAAGGUAAGCUUGUCAUCAAGUUCUACUCCUAAGAGAGUUACUGAUUCUGAUUUAACAAUACUUUCGUUUUCGAUUGACAAGCAAGGAAAAUCAGAGCAGUCUCGACGAGGACCUGUCAAAACCAGGAACUUUGUUUUAUCAUCAUUGAGCUUCACCAUGUUCUUUGUCAUCCAAGUUUUUAUGUCAUGCAUCAGAGAUUCCAUUCUAUCAAUGGUUUCCAAUCUAUUUUCAUACUUAAAGGAUAUGUAUAGUUGGCAAUCAUCAGCAUAUAUAUGAAACUGUACACAUGAACAUCAAUGAAUUCUUGUGAAUGGAGUUAAGUCUGUCAACCCGCUUUCACAGUUGAAUCAACUCACGAUCAAUGAAAUACAUUCAGUGUUCCAUCCAGUAGAGACAUGCAUCAACAUUCAGAUGAGAUAAUGCUCAGCUGGAUGCAUGAGCUAUCGGGCUAGAUUAAAUUAUUCAAUGUCACUACUAAUUUUGUCAAAGUUUUGUGAGCUAACUCAGUGAAGUCUUCUUACUCGCUGUAAUGCUUUAUUUUUAUUCUUAUUUUCAAGCAUACCAUCGUGAGUAAAUCAAGUGAAGAAUCCAAAUAUCUACAGAGAGAAUACUCCAGUCAAUUAAUCUUUCAUCUUCGCCGUCAGUUGGUUGGCACAAGAAAACAUAAAGUUCUUACUGCAUUAUCAGACGUGAGUGCUAUCCCAAGUACAGAAGAUUUGAGCAGUGGUAUCAUGGCGCUAUCACGACAAUGGAAAUGUCUUCUGGGUGUAACAGAUGAAGAAUUCCGUCCUGCUGGGUUAUUGAAACGACCCGUGGUUGGUCGUGGUGUACUCACUGAACGUGAUCGAGCUAUUUUAAUGAGAACUGAAUACAGAAAGUCUCAAGAGGAAGAAACACUUGCUGCAG